CGCAUGCAGCUCCUUUCUCGGGGCGUGGCGGGAGCAGCCCAAGCACAGGAGAUGCAUAAAAGAAGAGUCAGCUGCAGCCCGCAGGUAUUAGCUGCAAAACUAACGGCUUGCUCAACUCUUUUCGUGCCGGAGUGGAGACGAAACAUGAUGCGUAAGACCUGCAAGCUAGCCGUCGGCAUCCUGCUCAUUCUGGCCUGCACACACCUCUGCAAUGGUGCAGCUCUUGGGAUAGACUUGCGAUGUCACUGCAUAAAAACAGUUUCGUAUUUCAUCCCACCAAAAAAUAUAGCGACCAUUGAAAUCAUCCCAAAUGGGCCACACUGUAGUCUGGUUGAGGUUAUUGCAACAGUGCAAUCUGGUCAGUUAAUUUGCCUGAACCCCGAGGCCAGAUGGGUGAAGAUGAUCCUUGAAAACAUACUGAGCAGUGCCAAGCAAAAUUACUAUUAAAAAUUGGUUUGAACAUGGAAGCUGCCAUGAAUUUGAUGAACUACAAAGCAAGGCAUAAGUCGGGAGCCUCACAAUAUGACCAGAGGUUUAUUUUGCAGUAGCUGAACAUUUUUCUUUCUUAGCCAAUUUUUGUUUGCACAUACGUCUGACAGCAUUGUAAGCAUGUUCAGAUAAGAUUGUGUGACUAAUGUUACCAUUCAGCUUUCACUGCAAUGACCUGGACCCCAACAUCCUGCAUCUCCUUGUGUUUGUGAAGCAAAUGAAGAGAUACAGAAAAAGCAUGGUGUGCAGUGUGUGACCUGCAUCAUGAAAAUAUAUUUUAACCUUCGAGGUACCAUGUGAUGUUCUGUUUGUAGUACAUUACCUGCUAAGGCAAUUAUAGUUUUAGCCUCUGAAUGUGGUGUAUAUUAAAACCUUUUGAUAGAGUUCUGCUGUUUUCUGAGACAGUCUAAAGACUGGAUAGAACAAGCACAGCUAAAUGUAUUUUAGACAGUUUAACUAAAAGAACUGCAGAAUACCACCUAAUGAAUGUAAUUAUAAUGCUAACAGGAUACUGCCUGAACUUAAUGCUGAAUUGCAGUAAUAUAGUGACUAACAACAGUAACUUGAUUUGUGUACAGACCCAGGAAUUAUAAGGGACAUUUAGGGGAGUAACUUGCAGAGACAGUGAAUCUCCAGGCACUACUUCAAUUCUAUGUCAUAAAAUAAUUGGGGAUUGAGAUUGAGACAGGUAAUUGGUACAGCUCACUAAAUUUCCAGCACUCUCCCUACCUUUCAGCAGGGCAGGCAUGGUGAUAGUACUUCGCCUUCUUUAUGAUGGCAGAUGAGAAACAGUGACUUUUGUACAAAUGUCAAAGCUUGAGGAAGUCCGGUAGGAGUUGAGAUGUAAUGGAGCUGUAGGCAAGGAAUAAAAGCAAGUGCAAAAUUAACUCUGCUCAAAUUCUUACAUGCUUUAUGCCAUCAUCUGUCUAUCUGUCUGUCUGUCUCUCUCUCUCUCUCACCCUGUUUAUGUUACAGAUAUAAACUGAUAUUUAAUAUAUUUCAGCUUAAGUGCAUAUGAGUUUGUGUGCAUGAAUGCAUGCUUGUUCUCUUAUAAAUGAAUACUUUGAUUAACAGUAAAAUAACAGCUCCAAACACAUUAUGUAGACGUUUUACUUAUGACAAGAUGAAGAUACAGAUACAAGCUGCAUUGCUGUUAUAUUGCCAUUCUUAUACAGGAAUCUUAUAGACAGAUUUUGUUAUACAUGUAGCUAUCAAAAUACAAUACAAUGUUUCAGUACAGUGCAUGUUUUCUUGACAUUUAGCUAUGCUUAGACCAGUCUGUGUGUGUGUGUGUGUGUGUGUGUGUGUGUGUGUGUGUGUGUGUGUGUGUGUGUGUGUGUGUGUGUGUGUAUACGUGUAAGGUUUUCUACUGCAAAGAAUGAUUCUUGGACUAAAUUUCCUGCCAGACUAUGUCAUCCUAGGAAUUAAGUGCGCAAUUAACAAUUUAUUGAAUGGACCAUGUCAACAAUAACAGAUUAAUAAAAUCUGGUUUUCUGAAAAAUUUAAAAAAUUCAGUACUUUUCUGUAAUCUUGGUGAGAAGUGCACAUUUUAAACACAGCAGGCUUUCUUUUACAUUUAGACAAUCAUCCCUGAUGAAAUUGUCUUAGAAUCUGAUGGUUUCCUUGAGCUGUGUUACUACCUCUGGAGAUGGCUGCAUCCAUUAUUUUUUGAAUUCACUAGCAUUCUGCUUCUUUUAUCUUAAUAUUCUGGAGAUUUGCAGUAAAAAUUAAUCAUGGACUAUAAGGUGUAAAGCAGUUAAAAUGUAGAAAAAAAAUGACCUUGUUGACUUCCACAACCAUUUUAUUUUCCAUAAGCAUAAUUCAUUAAUAUUUUUGAAUUCUAUCAUGGAAAUUAUAGUACAUUAUCAUUUUUAUCAUGUAUUCACUUCCAAAAAUACUGUGGCUCAGUUCAUUAAUGUCUUUUUAAAAAUGUCUAAAAUGGAUAUUUUUUGUUAGGUUGUUCUUCCACUAUUAUCAUGGUAAAUACUGCUGCAAGAUGUAAAUGAUAUAUUAGCCUGGGUAUAAUUAUUUAAUAACAUAUUAUAUAGUCAAUGCUUUUCCUGUCUUUAGAGGCCUUUUGUGUCACAUUCUCUGCAUUUUUUAUGAAAAUGGACAGAUAACACGGAAUAUGUAGUGCUCUUGGUGAGGCUUUCCUUUCUAUUGAUUUGAGCUUGAUCUCUAAAAUAACAAUUUUAAGGGUAUGAACAAGGUAUAAACAAUACAUAUUUGCUUUAAUAGCCAGCUAGCUCAUUAAUCCCUUAUUUUUCCACUCUGCAAUUUAUCUUCACCAGUAAUGUCAUAUAUCAUAGUACUUUUGCAACCAGUUGCAUAUUGAAGCAGAGUUAAUCAGUGUUCUCAAGUCAGAUUGUAGAGUCAUAACCAAUAUUUCUUUGUCUUGCAAAGAUGCAUCUACACUUUUAGAAAUGUAUAAUGAUAGGAAAGUACUGAAGUUUAUGUUACAAUAUGUAUUUAUUUUUAAGUUUAAUGUAUACUAAGGAUGAAAAUAUUCUGUAAUAUUAUGGAGCAUGCAUUUGAAAUUGAAAUGUAGAUAAAUAAAGGGAUAUCAACUGAUUAAAGAUGCUAUUUAAAGUGC